AACCGAACGAGACAGCAGCAGCGCCUCCGUCUCCAUCGCGUCGGUAUCCACCAGGUCGACCUUCCGAGUUGCCGCGUGUUUCGCUCUCGACCGCUCCUAGAAACUCCGGAGACGAAGUCGAUCGAGAGGAAGAAAGAGAGAGAGAGAGAGAGAGAGAGAGAGUGCACACGCGCUCUUUUCGCGACUCUUCGUCCUACCCAGUCCUACUGUCACCUCCUCUUUCUCCUUCUUCCCAUUUCUCUUUCUGUCAUUCAUAUCUUUUCGCCUACUCCUCUGUUGCUUUCCUCUCGUCGGCACACUCUCUCGGAGACAGUCUCGUUAUACGUAAGUCCUUGUCGCUCGUUCAUCUGACUACACCCAGUUUUCGUCGCUCGAGUUGGUCCCUGGUGAAGACUCCGAUACAAGAAUCCUAGCCUAAAGAAUCCGGCCUACUAUCGGGGAGUAGCCGGCGAGUGAAGACGUCUUACGCGAAUACACGCGUGUUCACGCGAUGCGUCGGUGCCCGUGUGUGUACGUGUGUGCGUGUCACCGUGCCGGUGCAAGACGAUCUAUCUUCCUCUCGCAUCGUUAUUAUUGUCUAUUUAUCGUUUUAACCACCCUAGUGACUAAUUGAGCUCGGCGACGAGAUCGUUUCUCGCAUGGCUGCCGUCUCGCACGUCGGCGAUCCUAUCAACACCCGUCACCGUCGAGGAGGCACUUCGAGGCCGACGGUAACAGUAAUAAGAAGGUACUCGCUGCAACGUCCGAUAUCUGAAAAAUACAGAAGAUCUGAACUAGUGAAGAUCUACAUGGAUGAACGAUUCUAAACUUUCUCAGGAUAAUGCGCGGACUGACAAUUCAUUUUAUCGCACGAAUUGGAGUGAAUAAUUCAUACGACGGGGAGAAGACACCGAAGAAGAUGCAUAAUGUGAUGAUCGUCCCAAAAUAUAAUUUAACUUUGUAUAUUUAAUAUACAAAAAAAAAUCCUAUUGCCUUCAUAUUCUACGAGUGAUAAUAUCUCUUAAUGUCGGAAAACGAGCGAAUUCUACGAAAUGCUCCCGAGUUCUGAAGGAAUAUGCUAGAACAUUAUUGUUCGUUCACAUAGAUUCGUGUAAUAAUUUUUCGACUAGAGAACAUGGAAGAUAUAAAAGUGCCGAACCUAGGACAGGCCGCAUCGGCCGCAUGUUCUAUGGCGACCAAUUUCCUGGCGCCGGUGAAGACCGAGCGGCAGAUUUAUGAAAAUUCGAUGCUCGAGGAUGAUCCUAAUGCAAACUCAGUAGUACCGACCUCGCAGGAAGACAGAACUGUGCCCAGAUGGGGUCCGAAUCACAAAGGCGCCCAAGAGCUCGCGAAUCUAUAUAGCACUGGAAAGAGAACACAAGAGUGUAUCUGUGUAGGAAUCUGUAUCACUCUGAUAGCUGUGAACUCUGUAUUCGUGCUCAUCAAAUUACGACUAGAAAAUUUGAGUUCCAUAGCAAUAGCUGCACUGUGCGGUAUCAUCACCGCCGACUUUGGCUCCGGUUUAGUUCAUUGGGCCGCUGAUACCUGGGGAUCCGUUGAACUUCCAAUCCUGGGGAAGAAUUUCCUACGACCAUUUCGCGAGCAUCACAUAGAUCCUACCAGUAUAACGAGACACGAUUUCAUAGAAACUAAUGGUGAUAAUUUUAUGGUCGCGAUACCAGUCUUGUCUAAGCUCACGUGGGAUUUUCUAACGUUGUCUGAAAUGGAAAUGCAACAACGAUUCGUGUGGACGUGUUAUUGGUUCCUGCUUGCCAUUUUUGUAGCAAUGACUAAUCAGAUACAUAAAUGGUCGCAUACGUAUUUCGGAUUACCUGGCUGGGUUAUAUGGCUUCAAGAGCUCAGGAUUAUCCUGCCAAGGAAGCAUCACCGCGUACAUCACGUCGCACCCCACGAGACUUACUUUUGCAUCACUACGGGAUGGCUGAACUGGCCUUUAGAAAAACUUCAAUUUUGGUAUAUUUUGGAGGUGAUAAUUGAGUGGUCCACCGGUUACAAACCUAGAGCUGACGAUCUGAAAUGGGCGCAAAAACGUUCUUGAGAAUUAAUAAUCGUCCUCCUUUCCUUACUGUAUAUUUUACUAUAUGAUCGAGAUAUUUAACGUACGGCCAAACGUAACGGAAACACAAAAAAAUACAAACAUCGAACUAAGUAGAGAUUAAGUGAAAGAUUUGUAUGGGCAAUAGUAAAAAAAACUUGUAUACAUGAAA